AGAAAUUCAUAAGAAGACGACCUCAAAAUCUCCUUCAUUAAAAUUGCCGAAGUAUUGCAGAAAGCGGACCCGAAAACAUUUGACAAAAUAUCCCCUUCAUCCCAAAAUCUUAUGUAUUCACUUUUUAUAGUAUAAUCCUACCUUAUCUUAUAGUUUUGGUGGGUCGGAAAUGGAUCCGGCGCCUAAUGGUGAAGAACCCACUUCCUGGGAUGAAUUAUAUAACAUAAAUUUGAUUCCAUCUGAACUGUUCCUCAAAUUCAGAAAAGAAAUUCAGGGGUUGCGAGUUGGUGUCAAUUUGGAGUUCUACAAUGCCCCCAUCAAUGAUUUCCAAACUAAGCUUGUGCUGAAGCCUUUAUCCCCUGAACGGAGGUGGAAGUUUGCUUAUGAGCCUUUACAUCAAGAUGUUCGACUUCUUUCGAAAAAGAUUCCUGUUACGAAAUUUCUUAAUCUCCAGGUUGGGAUAGGCCAUAAUUUCAAGAUGAAUGCAACUGGAUGGAAAUGGAAACUCACCACCUGUUUGGGUGGAGAUGGAGUUUCUCGGAUUCGGAAUAAGACAACACUUGGUUUGGUUCCUGGACUGGAUUUUCGAUUUGGGUGGAGGGCGGAUUAUGUUCUACCGGAAGCUACAGGAGCUCUUGGUACCGAUGAACCAUUGUUCAACUUGAACUCAGGGCGGUUGCAAGCAUCAUUAGAUAGAGUUGAGGCCAUUGUGACUCAUUCGUCUGAUCCGUCUUGAUCAGUUGUCAACACAUCAGCAGGGCCAGCUUGAACUGAAACUGAAUGAAGGUACACUUACUAUACGAAUGUUGUGGCUCUUCCAUAUAGCAUUAAGUAGCCGGUGCUUGAAGAAACCUGAAUUUCAAAUUCAAAGAUUGUCCUCAAAAUUCAAGCAUGUUCAUGUAUGAAGUUGGCUCUGUUAUGCUCCUUUUAUUUCCUUUAUCCCAACUUCCAUUCAUAUGUUAAUUACUUCUAUCGGGGAGUCUCCCCGUGAAA